CUUCCGAGCGUUAAGGACUAUGAGGAGGAAACGCGUAAGCGCAGUCACUCACAGGGUCUUUCCCAGCCCUCUCCCAGCAGCACAGCUCCUGCAGCAGCAUGGGGACCUCCAGGAGCAGGCGGUGGGCACCGCGGCUCGCGCUGUGCUGUGCUGCGUGGGGACUGUGCCUGGCUGCACCGGACUACGAUGAUUACUCUCAGAACAGCACCAGUGACCAGGUAACGACAGCAGAGAUCACACCAUGCCCCCGAGCCAUCCCUGGCGAAAAGGCAACGAUAGGCAACGUCACAUACCUGCUGCUGCACGAGGCCGCUCGCUCCCAGCUGAGCAGCGGGAUCACGGUGCUGCUCAUCCCCUGCCUCUACAGCCUCGUCUUCCUGGUGGGGCUGCCCUCCAACGGGCUGGCCCUCUGGGUUCUGGCUACCAGGGCUGAGAAGCUGACCUCCACCAUCUUCCUGAUGAACCUGGCAGCAGCAGACCUGCUGCUCAUAUCGGUGCUGCCUUUCAAGAUUUUCUACUAUUUCCUUGGGAACAACUGGCCCUUUGGGGAAGGUCUGUGCCGGGUCACUACAGCCUUCUUUUAUGGGAAUAUGUACUGCUCAGUGCUGCUGCUCACGUGCAUCAGCGUGGACCGGUACCUGGCGGUGGUGCAUCCUUUCUUCUCGCGCUCUUUCCGCACCCCUGCCUUCGCUGCCUGGACCUGCGCUGCAGUCUGGCUCUGUGCUGCCGGCAUCACCCUGCCCCUGACUCUGCAGCAGCAGUCGUACCCCCUGUACAAAGCGGACAUCACUCUGUGCCACGAUGUCCUCCCUAGGCAGGAGGAUGACGGGUAUUACUUCAACUACUUCAUCUGCCUCAUCACCUGCGCUUUCCUUGCUCCUCUGCUGGUGAUGCUGUUCAGCUACUGCUCAGUGCUGCAAGCCCUCCUGGGCAGCAGGCAGCGGUACUCCCACUCCAUGAAGCUCACAGCUCUCGUGCUGUUCACACUUGUGGCCUUCUACACCCCCAGCAACGUUCUACUGCUUGUUCAUUACUCCAGCUAUCACUGCAAGCUGUACGGCAGCUUGUACAUCGGCUACAUGGUGAGCCUGGCCAUCAGCACCUUUAACAGCUGCGCUGACCCCUUUGUCUACUACUACGUAUCAGAAGAUUUCCGGGAGAAGGUGAGGAGCAGAUUCUUCAAUCGCAGCAAAACCCCCGCCACGUCCUUACAAACCUCCAAAGAAACACUCCCUCAGAAAAGCUCCAAGGAGUCACUGGUAUAAGUCUCCAUCCCAGCUCCCUGCCCCCGAGGUACUCACAACACACCACGGGGAUAGGACAAAGCGCUGGGACCUCACAAGUUUCAUCCAGAGCAGCGAGGAGCAGUUCCCAGUAGACAAGUCCCAGUAAAGAAGAACCACAUUCUUCUGUCCACACGGCUAUGACCAAAUCAACCUAGGCCACAGCAUUCCUUAAAGGAUGUUGAGUCCCAGAGAAGAGGUGGAGUGCUGAAAUGUAUAGAUCUGUGGACACUGCAUGCAAUUUCUCAUCUGGUUACAUACUGCCAGGAAUGUUUUUGUUAGUACACCCAAGUCUGCUUUUAAUGCAUGUUGGGAGCUGGUUGCUAGCUGCCUUCUGUUUAUUUUUCUGCUAUUGGCUUCCUUGCUGUCCUUGAACACAUACUCUUUUCACCUAAAACUGAAAAAGAACAGGCACUUGCAUAACCAAAUAGUUUUGAAAUGUUUAGAAAUUAGGAGGUACUUACAUAAAAGACUCUCAUUGCCUGAACUAAAAUACUCUGUCAAGAGAACAUGGAGCACUAGCUCUUCUAGCAAUUACAUUCUUGGCUUGACUAAGAAUCAUCACCACAGUUAUGGCAGCCCAUUGUCCUAAGUGUAAAAAUCCAACUCCUUCAGCCCUGUUGAUGCUAAUGACCUUUACUAUCCAAAACUUCGUAAGGCCAAGACUGUUUUAUGUCUCUUGAAGGGAACUAUUAAAGAAGGAAUUGAGAAAACA